CAGAAGGAGCUGCCAACAUCACCGCUCCUGGGUUUGCUGGCGACCCUAUGCUCUGCUCGAUGGCUAACUCAGGCUGCCUCCUGGUCUCCAACUCAGCCUUGCUCCCGCACUCUCUCCCUUGUCCCCCAGCCUUCCUCUACCUCCAGCAGGGCAGUCAGGACGCCACGGCUCCGCCUGACGCAAUGGCUCAGCCCUAUCCCCCGGCAACAUACCCACCGCCCCCACAGAAUGGCAUCCCUCCAGAGUAUGUUCCUCCACCACCACACCCGCACCCAGCACAGGACUAUUCGGGGCAGAGCACAGUACCCGAGCAUGCCUUGACGCUCUACACCCCAGCACAGAGCCACUCCGAACAGCCGGGCACUGAUGCCAGCACGCAGUCCAUAGCAGGCACACAAACAGUACCGCAGACAGAUGAAGCAGCGCAGACGGACAACCAGACACUACACCUACCAGAGAAUGGUUCUGACAAGCAGCAGCCUAAGCGGCUACACGUUUCCAACAUCCCUUUCCGCUUCCGGGACCCUGAUCUGCGGCAAAUGUUUGGGCAAUUUGGAAAGAUCCUGGAUGUUGAGAUCAUUUUCAAUGAGCGUGGUUCCAAGGUCAACAAUGCCACCGCACGGGUCAUGACAAACAAAAAGGCAGCUAAUCCCUACACAAAUGGCUGGAAGCUGAACCCUGUAGUGGGCGCCGUCUAUGGCCCUGAAUUUUAUGCAGUGACCGGUUUUCCAUAUCCAGCCACAGGAACUGCAGUAGCGUACAGGGGGACACACUUAAGGGGCCGAGGACGCACAGUCUACAACACGUUCCGAGCAGCUCCCCCACCUCCACCCAUCCCCGCUUACGGAGCAGUGGUUUACCAGGACGGAUUCUACGGUGCUGAAAUUUAUGGGGGCUAUGCGGCCUACAGAUACGCCCAGCCUGCGGCAGCGGCAGCAACAGCUUACAGCGACAGUUACGGCAGAGUUUAUGCAGCUGCAGACCCUUACCACCACACUAUUGGCCCUGCUGCCACCUACAGCAUCGGCACCAUGUGAAACCUUCAGCUGUUUCCUUCUGGGACCAGGAAGGGCACAAAACAUUUUUUUUUAAAGCAAAGCAACAAACAAUUACAAAACUAACAAGCCAAGCGACUGAGUGAAAGCCCCCUUCUGUCCACACAUGCGCCCCAAGCGACAGGCCAGCCGGAGCGCAACUACCGACAGUCUGCCCGGACAGAUGGACGGCAGGGCAGCCCCACGCAGACUCCACAAUGCCGUCCGCAUCAGGAGACCCGUGCCCUGCUCCUCCCCGCUGCAGACCAAGGGGCCAGGAGGGACAGGUACUGACACAGACUGGAAUCUGCAGGCCCCAGGCCAUCACGUCUUCCU